GUCAAACAAGAAAAACAGAAAAAACCAGGCAGAACCCAAACAAUGCACGCAGAGUCGGCUCCUAAUAUAAUUAAUAAGUCAGUUGCGUGUCUAGUCAAGUAUGAUAAAUGAAAACAUAGCACCAGGAGGUGAUGGAGACGAUACAAAAUCAACGGAGAACGAACUGAAACGUGAACCGCAACCGAAAGCGUCGCCCUCUUCAAUGUUCCUGCAGGCGGAACUGGAGCUCAAUGCUCACCUGCGUAGCCUCAAAUUCGGCGAGCCUGUCCGCUACGUGUACAACCCGCUGGAGUACGCCUGGGAUACCCAUCGCUGUUACGUGGACAAGUACUGUCAGGCGGGCCAGAAGUUCUUGUUUUUAGGGAUGAAUCCUGGACCUUUCGGCAUGGCGCAGACGGGGGUGCCGUUUGGCGAGGUGCGGUCAGUUGUUGACUGGCUGAAGAUCACAGGUGAAGUCGGUCACCCUGACGACGAGCACCCAAAGCGUCGCAUCAGCGGCCUGGCCUGCACGCAGAGCGAAGUGAGCGGCGCACGUUUCUGGGGCUUCUUCAGAAAGUUGUGCGGCGAACCAUCGGCGUUCUUCCGCCACUGCUUCGUGCACAACCUCUGCCCUCUUAUUUUCAUGAGCGCCAGCGGGAAGAAUCUGACCCCGCCUGAGCUUCCUGCCCAUGAGCGCCAGGAGCUCCUCCGUCUGUGUGACAUUGCCUUGUGCCAAGUCGUGGAGGCCCUGGGCGUCUCCAUGGUGAUCGGUGUCGGCAAGGUGGCGGAGCAGCGUGCACGCCGGGCUCUUUCCGGCGCAGGUAUUGAGGUGCAAGUGGAGGGUAUCAUGCAUCCGUCCCCCAGGAACCCUCUGGCCAAUAAGGGCUGGGAGAGUGUGGCUACAGCUAAACUAGCGGAACUGGGUGUCCUCCCGUUGCUUGGCAGCACAUGA